UACGGAUCGAUUUGGCGGCAAGUUUGUGCUGGGCGAAGAUGGACGGAGAGUGGGAUUGGGAAUGGGAGCGGGAGCAGGAGGAGGGUGACGACGAUCGCUUCGAGAGACAGUUCGCAGACGAACUGGAGGUUGUGUCCGAAAUUAAUCAACAGAGUCACGAUAAUUUCAAGUCUGCAUUGAAGCAGUCCAGGUUUCGUCACAUUGAACAGACUUUUGAAGAAGCCCUUGCAGCAGGGGACAACUUUGCCAGGAAUGGCCAAAAUGUCAAGACCCAGGCUCAGGAACACACAAAGCAACAGGACGCAGUGGUCUUGGGCAGCUCUGCUAGGAAACGAGAUCUUGAUGCCCUCCACUCUGCUGUGGAAAAGGAAUUCCUUGAUCAUCUGCUGGACCAGAAUCAAGAGCAAGGAAUAACAACUCCCAGGCACAAGAAGCCCAGGCUGGGUGCCAUGAAAAGACUAAAUUUUAUGUCACAGCUCAGCUCAGGUGAACUUCCUGUGCCAGAUGAUGACAUCACACCGCCCUCAUCACCGGAUGACCACCCUCAGAGCCAACACCCCAGAAGCCCAAAGAUAUCUAAACGGGACAUUGCUGAUUUAAGUGGCAUGGCUCCCAUGGAAGACAUUCCCUCUCAGAAAGUGACGAAGAGAGUUCUUAAGCGACCUCCAGUUUUGGAAGAUUAUAUCAAUGUGACAUCAUCUGAUGGAACACGGGUAUACAUGGUACUACAGGAUGAAGACUCAUCACCAGGGCUCAAGUUUGAUAAACUGCACUGGAGUGGACAAAGGCAGCUACAUUUGCUGGGAGUACCUUUUUCUGAUUUGAAGGAACAAGUUGCUGAAGAGUAUCGCAGACAGUUGUUGGAAGAAUCCCAGAAGUUGAGUGAAAUGCUGAAUAGCCAGAUUGAUGAAGAGUUUGGCGUAGUUGAGAAACAGGAAGAAGAGGCAGCAGAUGAAAUUGAUGACGAAACUGAUGAAUGUAGCUCCAGCACCCUAUGGGUUGAUAGAUUCACUCCCAGACAGUAUACCCAGCUGCUCAGUGAUGAUUACACUAAUCGCUGCCUACUGAAGUGGUUGAAAAUGUGGGACACAGUAGUCUUUGGCCAGGAGAAACCCGUGAAGAAAAGCAAGCAGCUGGUAGAAAAGCACCCGUCCUUCAAACAAUCACAGCAGCUGCAGCAGAACAAAUGGAAGAACAAGACUCAAAUUACUGAAGAGAUCCUAGAUGCAGAACUUGAUGCACAUAACAGACCAAAGUACAAGGUGGCACUGUUGAGUGGCCCUCCAGGUCUGGGGAAAACAACACUGGCCCAUGUCAUUGCAAAACAUGCAGGAUACAAUGUUGUGGAAAUCAAUGCAAGUGAUGAUCGCAGCCCUGAGAUCUUCAAGACCAGGAUUGAAAAUGCCACCCAGAUGAAAUCUGUGCUUGGAGCUAACGAGAAACCAAAUUGCCUGAUCAUUGAUGAGAUUGAUGGCGCUCCCAGUGCCGCAAUAAAUACACUCAUGAACAUCAUCAAUCGUAAAGAUGUGAAGGAAGAUGAGGCAGCAGCAGUUGGUGGAAAGAAGAAGAGGAAAAAAGACGGAGGAAUUUUACAAAGACCCAUCAUCUGCAUCUGUAAUGAUCAGUAUGUGCCAUCAUUGAGACAGCUAAGGCAACAGGCCUUCACAUUAAUAUUCCCUCCAACCUUGCCAUCCCGGCUUGUUCAAAGGCUGCAUGAGAUCACCAUUCAAACAGGGAUGAACGCAGACAUGGGCAUUCUUAUGAGUUUAUGUGAAAAAGCAGAGAAUGAUAUCCGCUCUUGUGUGAACACUUUACAGUUCCUCCAUGGAAGAGGGAAAAAGAAUCUAAGCAUGAGAAUAAUUCAGACUGCAAACGUAGGCCUCAAGGAUUUAAACAAAAGCCUGUUCUCCGUCUGGAAAGAGAUCUUUCAACUCCCGAAGGUUCAAAGAAAGCGAAUUGGCCAGGAUAGCAGUUUGCAGUAUGAAUUGAAGAGCAGUGAUAACCAAAGCGCCUUGGAUGGCAUUAUGAAGACCACAUUAAGCACAGCAGCACAGAGAUUCAAUUAUAUUCUUCAUCUCUCCACCUCAACAGGAGAUUAUGAAAAGAUCACUCAGGGCUUGUUUGACAACUUCCUGCUAAUGAAGUUCAAAGAUCCCACUUUCACUGGCGUCUGCCUGGCACUGGAGUGGUUGGAGUUCACAGACAUCCUAAACAAGAGGAUGAUGAGCGUACAGAACUUCCAGCUGAUGCGAUACCUGCCCUUCCUUCCAGUCACCUUUCACAUGCUGUUUGCAGCAUCCAGUGUCCCAAGGAUUUCCUAUCCAAACAGUCAAUAUGAGGCACAAACUAAGAUUGCCCACAUGAACAACUUGCUGACAUCUAUGGUGGGUGAAAUCAGCCCGGCGAUCCGCAGCCGUAUCACUUUGCAAGCACUCGUGUCAGAAAUCCUCUGUCUUCUGCUCGACAUCCUUUCUCCGAAACUGCGACCAGUAAACACCCAGCUGUACAGUGCCAAGGAGAAGCAACAGCUAGCUGACCUGAUUGGUGCCAUGCUGUCCUACAACCUCACUUAUCACCAGGAGCGGACUCCAGACGGGCAAUAUGUCUACCUGCUGGACCCUAACAUAGAAGAUGUUUGCCGCUUUCCAGACCUUCCUGCUCGAAGGCCGAUGACCUACCAGGCUAAGCAGUUGAUUGCCCGUGAGAUUGAGCUGGAAAAGAUGAGACGCGUGGAAGCUUUGCUGAAUGCCCGCAACAUGGAAAAGAAGGAAGCUGUUGAACUCAAAAGUAAAACAAGUGAAAGCAAUAAAAGUUCAAAACCAUGUGUGAAGAAUCAUGAACAAACGUUGAAAAAUGUUCUCAAGUCUGUGUCUGUGAAAGAAAAGGUGGAGCUCGACUUCUUUGGCCGGAAAAUGGACAGAAUUAACAUAGUGACAACCUCAACAGUGACUGGAGCUGCUGAGCCUACGAAGGAAACAGCUGAAAGAUUUAUUGGAAAAGCAGUUGGAAAUAGUGAUGUUUGGUUCCAAUUUAACGAAGGAGUUUCAAAUGCUGUUAGACGCAAUGUUUACAUAAAAGACCUGCUGUAAGAACAUGGCUGGCCAUUGGAAGAAGUAACUGCUGUUUAAAAAUCUGAAAAGAGCCUAUACGUUCUCCUACAAAGCGCAGAAUGGAACUGUCAGUUUUGGGUCUACAGUGCAAACUUGCCUGUGCCCAAAGCUGCAGUAGGAGAUGACAUUCAGUCUGAUUAUUGGGCCACCAAGUGACAAAACUGUUGAACAUUGUGAGGUUUGAGCAACAGCAGUGUGACAUGAAUCUAAAAUUGCUGCUGAGUUCGCAUCUAAGUAGGUUUGGAAUCUAGUUAUUUCCACAAAAUAUGGGCAAAAUUGAGCGUUUACUGUGAAGUGCAAUCGGCCUAACCUGGACGAACUUGCCAGGAGCCUAAUGCCAGUGGUAGAUUGGCAUAACCAAGAAGCCCAUUGAUAAGCCUAGCCAACAGUUUGAAUCCAAUUCCUUUUGGAACAUUUAUUUAAAUGGUUUUUGUUUCAAGCAACCUGGAAUUCCAUUGUGAAAGUAUGAAUAAAGUCUUGCCAAUAUUAA